GCCUGUUCUCAGUCCCUGGACUAUGUCCGAUAACAAUGGCAUGUGAAAACUUUUCAGCUAAACACUGUUACCUGCUAUUCGGGAGCCUGGGAGUGGGGGGCCUCCUCUUCCUUCUCAUCAUCAUCCUGUUCACCUGCCAGUGCCGAUUCCAUCAGAGAGUGAAAAGACUGGAAAGGAAUGCCCAGAUCCCAGAGCAGGAGCCCCACUACGCAUCUCUCCAGAAGCUGCCGGUGUCCAGCGGUGAUCUCACAGACAGAGAGGAAGGUGAAGGCAUGAAAGAAGACCCCAGCACUGAUUAUGCCUGCAUCGCCAAGAGCAAACCCACCUGAGCACUCACUCACAAAAGCCCCACUCCCUCUGGGUGGGUGCCCAGAGUCACCCUGUGUUCACCUAGUAAAGUCUGGCACCCCA